AUGUCGACGCCUACUGGAUCUGGUGCUCCCUUCCGGGCCGAGCACAUGGGCUCUUUGCUGCGGCCGCAGCGCCUCCUCGACGUGCGGGAGCAGAUCCGAGAGAAGGGCGUCUCCCCCGAGGAGGCUGGACUUCCUGCCGUCGAGAAGGAGGCCGUUGCCGACGUGGUCAAGCUGCAGCGCGAGCUCGGAUACAAGGCCGUCACCAGCGGAGAGUUCAACCGCACGCGCUUCUGGGGUCUCAUGUGGGAUGAGUUCGAGGGCGCCACCCGCCUCCAGGAUGCCGACGGGAGUCUUUUCCGUCUGUAUCACCCGGAUGUAGUGAGCUUGAUUGAGAAGGACCGACACGUCAUGCCUGGUGACUCUGUCAUCGCUGGUGGCAAGCUUUCUCACAACCCCGAAAAGUCCGUCUCCAACCUCCACGAGCUGCGACUCGUUCAGCAGUCCGUCCCUAAGGAAGAUUGGGCAGCAAUCAAACUCACCAUGAUUACUCCGGCUUGGUUCCACAUGAGAUACAGCCAGGGAAAGGCUUACGCGCCCGAGGCCUAUGCCAAUGAUGCCGAGUAUUUCAAGGAUGUCGCGAAGGUGUACCAGGCCGAGUUGGCCCAACUCUACGAGGCCGGUCUGCGCAACGUUCAGUUUGACGACCCUGGUAUGGCUUACUUCUGCUCUCAGAAGUUCCGUGACGGUUGGGCCGCCGACUUCAAGAACAUCGGGUCCGUUGAGGACCUUCUCGAUGCCUACAUCGCUCUUUACAACGACUCAAUUUCCAAGUGCCCUGCCGAUAUGCACACUGGAAUUCAUCUGUGCCGUGGCAACUUUAUUGGCGGCCGCCACUUCGCCGAGGGAUCGUACGACAUCAUCGCCGAGAAGCUGUUCAAGAACUUGAACGUCAACACUUUCUAUCUGGAGUACGACAACGAGCGCUCUGGCGGCUUUGAACCCCUUCAACACCUGCCCAAGAACAAGAACGUUGUCGUCGGCGUCAUCAGCACCAAGUUGCCCCAGCUCGAGGACAAGGAGGAGAUGAAGAAGCGCGUCCUCUCUGCCGCCGAGUGGGUCGCCAAGGGAACCGGCGAGACUCGUGAGGAGGCUCUCAAGAGAGUGUAUGUGAGCCCCCAGUGCGGCUUCAGCACUCACGAGACUGGAUACCCUCUGGGAUUGGCCGAGGAGAAGGCCAAGCUUGCCCUUGUUCGGGAGAUUGCUGAUGAGAUCUGGGGCGAGCCUUGA